UUUUUUUUUUUUAAUAGAUCUACUAAAACAUCAUGGCACAACAACAAGUGAAUAUCACUGAUCUCGAUUUACCUGCACUUCAACAAGUGAAGACUCAAUUAGAAGAAGAAUUAAGUCAUUUAACUCAAUCUUACAGUAAACUUAAAGGUGUACAAUCAAGAUUCUCUGAUUGUGUUGAUAGUGUUGAAGCUUUAAAAGUUGAAAAACCAGAUGACAAAACAAUCCUUGUACCUCUCACAUCAUCUCUUUAUGUUCCAGGUAAAUUAAGUAAUGUUCAAAAAGUCAUUGUCGAUGUUGGAACAGGCUAUUAUGUUGAAAAGUCUGUUAGUGACGCUUCCAAGUUCUACAAGGACAAGGUUGGAUAUGUGAAAAAGAAUUUAGGCACAUUAGAAAAGACGAUUACAGACAAACAGGGCUCAUUAAGAGCUAUUGUUAAUGUUAUGCAAGAUAAAAUUCAACAACAAAAAUAAACAAAUGGAUGUAUUAAACUAAUAUUAAUAAAAAUGGAUUCUCGAGUAAUUAAAAUAAACUCAUUCAUCAAAAUCUAGGGACGACUAGAUUCUUUUAUGACUUUUAUUACUGCUAUUCAAGUCCACUUUUAUGGCAUGUACUCUACUCAAUUUUUAAUGUAAUUACGACUAAAAUGAGAAAAUUGGUGUUUGUGUGUUCUAUAGUACUUUGAAGUUUUCCUGCUAAACAUACAUAUGACUAUACUUGAAUCAUUACUUUUUAUGAGCAAGACAUGCUUCUCUAUAAUAACAUCUUUUUGAGCUCAAUAGAGUUAUUAAUUACAAGUUGCUAGUAACCUUCUCCUAUCAAAUAACUAUACAUUUAAGAAAAGACAAUAUAUAAUAAUACUUGACAAUGAUUAAAUAAAUAGUAAAUAUCAGAUACUGGUACACUUUUUUUUUAUAAUA